AUGAUGAACAACACCGAGGCGACCAACAUCACCAACUCCACGUCCAGCCCUCAAUUCAGAGAGCCCUUCAGAAACACCUUGAUCGCCAUCUACAGCAUCGUGCUGCUGGCGGGCUCCACAGGUUUAACCGUCAUGAUGAGCAUAUUAAAAACCAACAUUCGUUCAUUGACCACCACCGUCUUCCUCAACCUGAUGGUCGCACACUUUCUAUUUCUGCUCACCGUUCCCUUCCGGAUCUACUACUACGUGUCCCAAAAGUGGCAUCUGCCCCACGCCUUAUGUAAAAUGGUCAGUGCCAUGAUCCACAUCCACAUGUACAUGGUGUUCGUAAUCUACGCCAUCGUUCUCACGCUUCGUUUUCUGCAGUAUUACAAGAAGACCCAGCGCACUGAGUUUUACCGACGUUUACACGCUAUGUGUGCGAGCGCCUGUUUGUGGUCCAUCUUGUUGGUGGUCAUGCUGCCGACCGUGCUGUCUCAGUACGGCCACAAGGAGAAAGACCAGGAUACAGACCAUUGCUUUAAUUUCGAUGAUGUGCUAAGCGUCAAAGGCAUCUACGCCCUGAACAUGACCUUAUCCAUCUUUAUUGCCGUUGUGUCGUUCGUUCUGACCUGCUUCCAGACCAUCGUCCUGUGCUCAUUACUACGCAAACACGGAGCCUCCAGUCGCUUCCAGCAGGAGUUCUGGGUCCAGAUGAAAAACCUUUGCUUUGUGUUCAUCAUGCUUAUCUGCCUGGUGCCGUAUCACCUGUUUCGGAUACACUAUCUGAACGAGACUACAAAGCCGCAUGAGAUAAAUGAGGUGUUCUUGGCCAUCACGGCACUCACCUGUUGUGACAUGCUGACGUUCACGGGGAAGGGCAUGUGUCACAUGUGCUGA